CGCAUCAUCAAAACAAACGGCAUUCCAUUAUCUUCUUCUUUUUCUUCCUCUGCGGAUCCACAACACAAACCCUCGUACUUGAUUCCCUUCUCUGAGCCUUCCUCUCGCUCUCGCACGCUUCCUCGUUCUCUCUCGCAAUGCCCGCGACUCUCCCCGUGACGGCGUUCCGAAGCAAGUGGAGGUCACGGAUCUGAUUGCGGGGCGGUCGAAGGAGGAGACGGGGCAGGAAGAAUGACGUAUAGGGCAGACGACGACUACGAUUACCUCUUCAAGGUGGUGCUCGUCGGCGACUCCGGCGUCGGGAAGUCGAACCUCCUCUCGCGGUUCACGCGGAACGAGUUCAGCAACGAGUCCAAGGCCACCAUCGGCGUCGAGUUCGCCACGCGGAGCAUCCGCAUUGAUGGCAAGGUCGUCAAGGCCCAGAUUUGGGACACCGCCGGCCAAGAGAGAUAUCGGGCAAUUACGAGUGCUUAUUAUCGGGGAGCAGUAGGCGCACUUGUGGUCUAUGACAUAACUCGCAAUGUGACAUUUGAGAAUGUGGAGAGAUGGUUGAAGGAGCUCAGAGAUCAUACUGAUACAAGCAUUGUCAUCAUGCUUGUAGGAAAUAAGGCAGAUGUACGCCAUCUCAGGGCUGCUACCACCGAGGACGCGACGGCUUUUGCUGAAAAGGAGAACACAUUUUUCAUGGAGACGUCUGCUCUGGAAUCAACAAACGUGGAGGCGGCCUUCAAUGAAGUGCUCACCCAAAUAUAUCAGGUGGUCAGCAGGAAGGCACUCGAGGCCGGCAAUGAUUCAACAAGUUUGCCAAAGGGGCAGACGAUCAACAUGGGCAAGGAUGACGUUUCUGCUAUUAAGAAGGUUAGUUGCUGCUCAACUUAGAUCUACAAAAUUGGAUUGAAUUUGUGAUGUGGAAAUUUUUUGUGAAGAAAGAUAUAAAGUCGUGAUAGAGAUGUUGGAAGUUAUCACAAAAAAAAUUAAUAUUGUUCGCAUUAGGAUUUAACUCCUUUUGGUAGCAGUGAGGGUUCAAACAUGUCCUUGGGGCUUGAGAUGAGAAUUUACACCCGCAGAGGUUGUUCUAUUCCACCGAAGUAAUUCAAUUUACUUUGCCAUUGCUGCAUUUUUAUUUUUUUAGGUCCUGUCUCAUUAACUGAUUGUUUACAUGAAGAACAUUG